AUGCCCGAUCCAGUAUGGAUUCAUUUUAUUCAACUAGAACAUGUGGUUGGGUUCAAACAAAAGAGAAGAGAAUGUAAAUAUUGUGAGAGUCAAAUUAAUAAUUCACUUAGAGCUGCACGUACACAUUUUCGAAACUGUGAUCUAGUUACAUCUGAGCAAAAAAAAAAUUAUUUUGGCGAUUUAUAUGAAGAGAAUAAUAGUAAUAUAUCUAUAAAUAUAUCUGAUACUUCUAGCCCAGUUGUAUCAACAUCUGCAUCUGCUUUAGUUGCACCAACUAAUACUUCUUUAGUUAUAUCAACUUCAUCUACAUCUAAUAAAAAA